AUGGGGAUUGCCGGUUUUUACCUGUGGUUGAAGCGUUGGUACGCAUCUUGCAUGGAGGAUGUUCCGCAGUGCGUGGUUGAAGCCGCUUCGAAGUCGUCUCCACCUCCAAAGGAGUAUAUGCAGUCACAUAAGUUCGACAACUUGUAUUUGGAUCUGAACGGGCUCGUUCACCCAUGCUGUCACGAUACGUCUCCGCUACCUGAGCCCGAGUCGGAGGAAGAAAUGUUUGAGCGUGUUUUUACUCAAAUAGAUCUUGUGUUUAAGGUGGUGAGGCCACGGAAAUGCCUUAUUCUCUGUGUGGACGGUGUUGCACCACAGAGUAAGAUGAAUCAGCAGCGAAGCCGGCGUUUUCGCGCUGCAGAGGAGCGAGCGGAAGGUGAAGUGAUGUCGGCGAAGUGUGCCGAUGUGUUGUUAGAGAAGGGCCUACCUUACCCCAAGGUGAGGGAACGUUGGGAUCACAAUGUUAUCACACCCUCAACACCGUUCAUGGAGCGCCUGGGUCUUGCCAUUGAAUGGUUUGUUGUGAAGAAGGUAAAUGAGGACCCAUUGUGGAAGAAAGUUGCCGUUGUCUUUUCCGAUGCACACGUCCCCGGUGAAGGUGAGCAUAAGAUUAUGCAAUACAUCCGUGGUCUUCGGAUGCAGCCGGGCUACGAUCCGGAUACGUCUCACGUUAUUUAUGGCAUGGAUGCUGACCUCAUCAGUCUCGGACUCUCGACUCAUGAGAAGAGUGUGACCAUUUUGCGAAACCAACUCAACGAAACGUUCAAUGCAGCUCAUGGAAAGUUUUGCUACUUUAGCUUGGUUAAAUUUCGUGAGUGUUUGAAAAGGGAUUUUGAUGGCAUUAAGGAGAUGAGUUUCGAGCGUGUCGUCGACGAUUUUAUUUUUUUAUGUUUUUUUGUCGGGAAUGACUUUCUUCCGCACGUUCCCUUAAUAUCGAUCAAAACGAGAGGUGUCGAGCUUCUGUUAGACCACUACGUUAACGAAUUUGCAAGUCACUCGUAUUUAACAGAUGGUGGAGAGGUGAGAUUUAAAGCUCUGUCUUCGUUCUUAGCUCGAUUCCUGAAUGACUAUGGUUCUGUCUUGAGGGACGAAUCCUCGUUUGGGGAGCGAGCGAAAGAGCGAGGGAGAGGCAACGUGGCGGAGCGGGUGAACAAAUACCAGGUUGAACUCAAAAAGGUUUUGGCAAGCGUUAAACGUGACAAAACCAAUGCCCAGGAGGUUAGUGACACCGCUCACAAAUUGAUGGUGUCUGCUUUGAAGGAACGAGUGUCAUUUGUUGGGGACAAAGGUUCACUAGGUUUUACGUAUCACGACGAGGAUUACCGAGAUAAGUACUACCAGAAGAAAUUCGGAUGGGACCCUGAGAAACGGUCCAAGUUUGAGAAGAGAGUUAAACGCUGUUGUGCGGAGUAUUUGCGGGGAACUCAAUGGGUGAUGCGGUACUACACAUCUGGUUGCCCUUCGUGGAACUGGUUCUAUCCGUAUCAUUAUGCCCCAUUGCUGGACGACUUGGCUCGCUUUACAGACUCAGUGGACGUUGAGUUUGAGCGAGGCACACCGAGGCAUCCCGUGGUGCAGCUGCUUGCGGUGUUACCGCGCAUGAGUGUUGGGGGGCUGCCCGUGGAGUUGCACGGCGCCGUGUUAGAUCCAAACUCUGUCUUCGGUCCAUUUUACCCAGAUCACGUGGAUGUAGACUACAGCGAGGCAAUUUUUGCCUAUCAAGGCGUGUUGCGAUUACCUUUUAUCGACUGUAAGGAAAUCGAAGCUGCCUGCAAUACCCUAGUCGAGCUUCAACCCGACUCCGGCGUUACACUUUUGAUAUGCAACAGCGGGAGUAAGUUAAGCAUCAUGUUGGAGGAAUACUUGGGGGGAGUUCCGAAGAAGAAAAAAAGGAGUUCUAUGAAGCCCAUCCCCACCGAGGUAGCUGCGAAGUUUCCCAUUGCCGGGCGAGUUGGUUACUAUAGGAAUGAGUGGAAACGCGACGUCCAAAUUGUGUGUCCCGAUGCCGCCAUCGCAGAGAAGACGGCACAUGGCGGAGCGAUAGAGUGCAAUGCGGCCCGCUGCUACCGCUAUGAGCUCGACGAGCUGGCGGUGUACCGCCCCGAACUUCUGUUGAAGUACGGAAUGGAUGGGCCACCAAAGGCCGUGACGGCUGAGGAGGUAUCCGUCGGUGAUGUGGCAGCUCAACCUGAGGAGACUACAAAUGUGAAAGAUUCUUCCCCCGAUGCACAAUAUCCGGAGACAGCUACAGUUGCCGGGGAAUGUUCCACUCGACGGAAGAAGCGGGCGCGUGUAGAAGUGCCGCCUGCUGACCCCUUCAAUGGUAGUGAUGAUCCACCACAAAAGAAACCUCGUCUCAAGAAAGCUGCCAAGAAACGGGGAGCCGACAGAGUCAUUGGGCGCUGA